AUGGGCCCACCCAAAUUGAAAAGAUCGGUAUCGUCUUCUUUAUCAAGAAACUAUCAUUUGGAACCCUCCCCCUCCUACUCUUCAAACAGAAGAAACAGCACACUCACCAACAAUGACGAUAUCAUGGAAGAUGAUGAUGAACAAGACCCACAAGAUCCCGAUGAUGAAGACGGCCCAGACAACCAUCGGGAAGAGGACCAUGGCAGCAGAAGAAGCCGAUCAGUGAACAGCAUCGAACGAGAAAUGACAUUGAAGGAUCGUCAAGAGGCAAUGAACAAAAGCCAUCCCUUUGGCCUGCCCAUCUGGAAACCAGCUCUUUAUAAGAAAUCUCGAUCCGUUGUUCGCAGCGCCAACAGAGCGCUCCAUUCCUCGCCAUCCUCUGCGCCUGAUUUGUUCCUCAAUCCAGGUAAUAUAGUCUGGUUGCUGCUAUUUGGUUGGUGGCUAGCGCUGGCUAUUUUGAUGGUCUCUAUCGUCAUGGUAUUGAUCCCCUUUGGUGGCAGAGGCUAUGCCCGCGUGUUGAGAGAACUCGCCUUUUAUUUAUUAUGGCCAUUUGGUCGCUAUGUGGAACGUCAGGUGGAAAUUACUCCUUCGCAACUGAGUAAUGGCGGUGGCGGCACUUCAUCCACUAGCAUCUUGUUGGAGAGUGAUACGGAGGAGGAUGAAGAAACGGGAUUGCUGGGAAGGAAGCCAAAGAGAUCCAACAAGAGCAUUCUACAAUCAGCGGCAGAUACCUUGCGAUUGGGUCCUGCGGGAUGUAUUUACUAUCUCAUAUUCUUUGUGUUUAUCGCCCCUUUAUUGCUUCUCGUUUCAGCUAUAUGCUGGAUGUGUGUUGUAUCCAUACCCAUGGCCAAAUUGAACUAUAUCCUAGUACGCCAUUUACAUCGCCAUCCGCUUAGUCUACGCUUCAAAUCGAGUCCUUCGGGUCUAUCUCAAAUCGCUGCAAGCGUAUCUGGAAAGCCAUCUGUGAUUUUGCUCUGCACCUAUCAAGCCAUUGGACUGCAGUACUACAAAUACACGUUUGACGGUAUCAAUAUCAUCUUUAUCAACUUGAUGCCCUUGGUGUUUUUUGUCAUUUUCGAUGAUUGGGUCUUGAAGCGACAUUUACCAGACGCCUUCAUCACGUCUUCGUCCACUGUGUUUGCAUUGUCACUUGCAUCUGUGAUCCCCCUGUCAUACUUUAUUGGUAUGGGCGUCAGUAGUGUCUCUGCACAAAGUAGUAUGGGCGUAGGUGCUGUCAUCAAUGCUACGUUUGGCAGUAUCAUUGAGAUCAUUUUGUAUGCAGUUGCAUUGAUCGGCGGUAAAAGUGCAUUGGUGGAAGGCGCAUUGAUUGGUAGUUUUCUGGCUGGUGUCUUGUUGAUGCCAGGUUGCUCCAUGGUGAGUGGUGCUGUAAAGCAAAAGGAACAAAGGUUCAAUGCCAAAAGUGCGGGUGUCACAUCAACCAUGUUGAUUAUGGCCAUCAUCGGUGCGCUUACGCCUACUUUGUUUUACCAAAUGUUUGGUUCUUUUGAAUUAAAAUGCAUAGGAUGUCCAGAUACCCCAGAAAAUGGAACUAUUGCAUGCUCGAGAUGUUAUUAUGAUCAACUGGACCCAACCCAUGAUCCUGUCUACCAAAAUAGUGUUAAACCACUCAUGUGGCUCUGUGCAGCCAUCUUACCCUCAGCAUACAUCGUAGGUCUCGUUUUCAGUUUACAUACACAUGUGGAUAUGGUCUGGAAAAGCAAUCAAGGCCAUCAUGAUAGGAAUGCUGCUCCUACUUACUACCAAAGACUGAUGCCCACACACAUCAUCUCCCAAUUUAUGCAUCAUGCUCCAGCUGUGAUCCAUCAUCCUCAUCAACAAGACGACCAUCACCAAGACCAACAUGGGGAUCCCGAAACACCAACACAUGGAUACUCAACUAGCGUGCAGUACAACCCAGCUCAUAUCAUCGUACCAGCAGCAGCAUCAUCAGCAGUAGCACCACCUAAUCAUCCUCAAUCACCAGAAGGCUCACACACUGCUGCUCUCAGGGGCACACCGCAAGACGGGGCUCAAACUUCCUAUGCUUCCAUCACAUCAGGCGCAUCUACUAUACCUCUUGUCAAUGCCACAGGUACUGCAACUGUCAUAGACAAUACACAAGUAUCAUCACCUCCUCCUCCUCCUUUAGCUUAUAUUCACGCCAAUGAGGAAGAAGGCGAGGACGAAGAAGCAGCUGGCCACGACUCGCCCAAUUGGAGUAAAUCCAAGAGUUUCAUCAUCUUGUUUGGAUGUACCUUACUGUAUUCCAUUAUUGCCGAAAUUCUGGUCGAUACAGUAGAUGAGGUGAUGAAGGAUCAUCCUAUGGAUGAGAAGUUUUUGGGACUGACUUUGUUUGCGCUUGUGCCCAACAUUACUGAAUUCAUGAACGCCAUUUCAUUUGCAUUGUACGGUAACAUUGUGCUCAGUAUGGAGAUUGGUUCUGCGUAUGCUUUGCAAGUGUGCUUAUUGCAAAUUCCUGCCAUGGUCGCAUUUUCUGUCUGGUACAACUAUGGCAAGGAAGAAUUAGCUCAGUUUACAUUUAGUCUAGUGUUUCCUCGAUGGGAUGUGAUCUCUGUUAUCUUUUCUGUAUUUUUAUUAACCUAUACGUAUCAAGAAGGCAAGGCAAACUACUUUAAGGGCAGCAUCUUGAUCCUAAGCUAUGUCGUGCUUGUUGCUGGGUUUUACUUUAUUCCACCUUUUUCAGAACAUAGCGUACUUAUUGGUAUUCCUUCCCUCUCCAACUGA